CCUAUUAACACGAUCUUACGGUCUUAAAAAAGAAAGAAUUAUAUUAGGCGGAAUGUAAAAAAAUAUUUUAUGUAAAAGAGACCAAUUUAAUAUUUUUUUUUUUGGGUGAAAAACCGUUGCAUAUUUAAAAGAAAUUUUUUUUGAUUAAUAACGGUUUUUCUUUUAUUUUAUCGCGGUACUUUUAUAUUUCGUUCAUCUUUAUUUGUUCCAAGUAUUGCAUAAAAAGGAAAAAUAUAUAAAAAAAUUUGAAAUAUGAAUUUGCAUAUGGCAUAUACGGCGGCGUGCGUGUGUGUGUGGAUAAAAUUCGUUAUAAAAAAAUAACCAAAUUUCAGAUAUAGAAACUUAAAUAAAAUGAAAUUAUUUUAUACAAAAUAAUUUUAAAAAUUACAUACAUACAUAUAUACAUACAAUGUUAGAGAAAUAAAAAAUAAUUUGUUUAUAUAUAGUGCAUUCAAAUGAUCCUUGACAGGGAAUACAAUAAUAAAUUAAUAAUAAAAUAUAUUUUUGUGUUUGUGUUAAAUAUAAAAUAUUAUUUUAAAAAUGAAACAAAAAUCCAAAUUAGAAAAAAUAACAAAAUAAUAUUUAAAAAUGAAAGAAUUAUUAUAAAAGGACGAUCAUUAAUUAAAUUAUUAAAUAUUAAAUUAAAAAAAUAUUCAAAUAAAAUAGAAAAAAUUAUUUUAAUUGUUGUGUGGCUUAAUCAUGCCAAAAUGUUAGUCAAAUUUUUAUUAAGCAUUUGUAUAAUAUUAAUUGCUGAUAAUAUAAAAAUAAUUAGAAAUAAAAUAAAAUUUAAUAUUAAUAACGAAUUAAAAUUUAAUCAACAAGAACAGCAGCAACAAUUGCAACAACAACAACAAUUAUUAACAACAAUAACAACAACUGAAUCAUUAAAUGAUUAUUAUUUAUUUAAAUUUAAUUUUAAUGAAUUAACAGAAAUUUUUUCAUAUUUUACAAUAAAACAAACAUCAAUUUUAUGUGGUGUUAAUGCUGGUACAGCAAUAGGACAAAUGAUGCAAAAACCAUAUUUAUCACAAACACAUCAUCAACGUCAACAACAACAAAUGAGACAACAACAACGUAAUCGUCUUAAAUCUGGUUCAUCAUCAUCAUCUAGUGAAAAAUCAAGAUGGAAAACAGCAAAAAAUGCAAAUAUUUCAAUAUUACUUGAUAAUUUAUUAGAUGGUUAUGAAAGUAGUAUACGACCAGGACUUGGAGGUCCUCCUAUUAUUGUUGAAGUUGAUAUCAUGGUUAGAAGUAUGGGACCAAUUUCAGAAAUGGAUAUGACUUACUCAAUGGAUUGUUAUUUCCGUCAAUCAUGGGUUGAUAAACGUUUGGCUUUUAAAGGUGCACAAGAUACUUUAGCACUAAGCAUAUCAAUGUUAGAGCGUAUAUGGAAACCGGAUACAUAUUUUUAUAAUGGAAAACAAAGUUAUUUGCAUACGAUUACAACGCCAAAUAAAUUUGUUAGACUUCAUCAGGAUGGAAGAGUUUUAUUUUCAAGUCGAUUAACAAUAAAAGCUGGAUGUCCAAUGAAUUUAGAAGAUUUUCCCAUGGAUGUUCAAAAAUGUCCAUUAAAAUUUGGAUCAUUUGGUUAUACCACUGCCGAUCUUAUAUAUAGGUGGAAUAAAAAUCGUACAGUUGCAAUAGCGGAAGAUAUGAAAUUAUCACAAUUUGAUUUAGUUGAUUGUCCAUCAGAUAAUGUGACAGAUACCGUAUAUAAAACAUCUUUUACAAGGGGAAAUGAUGGCCCAGCUGUUACAAUAUCUUACAAAUAUUCAAUGUUAAUUGUAAAUUUUUAUUUAAAACGUCAUAUGGGUAAUUUUUUAAUUCAAGUAUACGGACCAUGUUGCCUACUUGUUGUAUUAUCAUGGGUAUCGUUUUGGUUAAAUCGUGAAGCAACUGCCGAUCGUGUUUCAUUGGGUAUUACAGUAAUAUUAACUAUGACAUUUUUAGGAUUGGAAGCAAGAACAGAUCUUCCAAAAGUUCCAUAUCCAACUGCAUUAGAUUUUUUUGUUUGUUUAUCAUUUGUAUUUAUUUUUGCUACAAUUAUACAAUUUGCUGUGGUACAUUAUUACACAAAAUACGGUUACGGUGAAUCUUAUUUUAUAAUUGAUUCCGAUAGUGAAACGGAAUCUGAAACAGAUGCUGAAGCUGAUGAAACAUUAAAAACUUUAAGUCGUAUGUCAUCAGAAGAUUUAAACGCUAGUACCGAAACAACUUUAUUUGAAGUUAUACCAUUGUCAGCAUGUUCAGUUGCGAAGAAAUAUUCGAAAAGAAGGCAUCGAAAACAACCACAUUCCUGGUUAAGGUGGGAAUGUUUUAGACGAAAGAAAAUUGAAAAACAAGAAGUUGAAAUCGAAAUGGAAUCUUUUGAUGAACAAGAACCGUCUAUAAGAACACCUAAAACUCCACAGAGGCGUUUAUAUCAUCAUCAUACCUAUCCGGCAACAAUUCAGGCAACAACAAGUAGUCCAAAACCAGGUCGCAGUACUGAUGGAAUUUAUAUUGAUCAUCAUCAUCAGCAACAUUUGCAGCAGGAACAGCAACAACAACAAACAACAGCUACAUCAAGUGCUGAUGAAGGAACUGGUGGUAUUGAUGCAAAUGUUCGCAGUACUAAUUCACAAUAUAAACGUAGACGGAAAAAGGAACCCCAAAUGAAUUCAGUAUCGAAAAUUGAUCGUGCUUCUAGAGUUGUUUUUCCAUUAUUAUUUUUAAUUAUAAAUGUGUUCUAUUGGACAGGUUACUUAGCAAGAAGUGCCGCAUAUCUUGAAAACACUUCCACCUGAUGUAAUUUUAUGGCAAUUUAGACAGUCAUUUUUUUGGAAUUGCUCUAUAAUUUUCUAUUUGUGCUUCACUGAGUCAGAAAUUAUGUCUAAAUUGUCAGUUUUACGCUUACUUUAUUGCAUAUUAAAAUAAUUUAUUUUACGAAAAAUUUCACUUUGUUUUUCUCUCUUUCGUUGCAAAUAAAUUAAAUUUUCAUUUAAUGGAGGAGAAAUUCAACACGAAAAACAGUGAAAUGUGAAAAUGUUAUACCAACAAACAAAAAACAUGGUUAUGGCAUAUAACUAUAUUUCAAGUAAAAAUAAAACAAUAAAAAGAAAUUGAUUUAAAAUAAAAAACUAAUACAAAACCAUUAAUUUUCAAAAACUUUUAAAAAAUAAUAAAAUAAAACAAGACGUAAAUAAAUUAAUUAAGGCUUUUUAGGAAUAGUUUGUUUUCAUAAUAA